AUGGCCACUCAGCUAUCCUCGCCUGCCAUCUCGCGCCAUGGGGAGGCUGCUUCCGACUCGGCUUCUGGGACCUCCGGACUGCCCGAUGCUUCAGCCUGCCCCGCCGAAUCGUUCUUUGCAUUCUCGACUUCCCCGGACCAAUACGCUUCAAAAUGUGAGGGACAAGGAACAAAAGACAUUGUCCAAGACCCCAUCUGGCACAAACGCAGCCAGUACUGGGCUGGACCCAUUAAGCACCAAAGUCCUCCUCGAGACAGUCAGCACCGACAAAGCAUUGAUAGUCAAGGCAAAACCCUUGGUGCUGCCGCUGAAUCAAAUCGAGACCGAAAGAAAGGUUCAUCAUUCCUAAGCCGCCUUGCCAUUCGGGGUGCUUGGAAAAAAGACGAUGACAUGAACGACUCCGAUUCCGAAUUGGGUGAGCUUCGGACCGACGGCUUCAAUGCCAAGGCUUUGACAACUGUGGUAGGGGCUGGCGGCGGUUACAUACCAUUUCACAAAGAGCCGCCUCGUUAUAUCCGGGUCACGCCGUGCAACAAGAAAACUUCCGACUUCAAUCACCUUUUCCUUGCGCAAGAGCUCUUGGGAACCAAGAGAGCAUCUGAAGACGAAGCACGUGGGCGAGAACCGGCAACAGCCGUGGGAUCGAAAAUCUUGAAAGCCGGUGACGCUAUAUGGGCUACUGAGUUUAGCCUAGACGGCCAAUACCUAGCCGUUGCGGGCAAAGACCAGACUGUCAGGGUCUUUUCCGUCAUAUCUACGCCGGAAGAACGCAGGGCAUGCGAAGAGGAGGAGGAGAGCCACGGUCGUGGAGUCGGCGAGAAGCUGAGCGCGCCAGUCUUCCGGUCCAAACCCGCUCGCGAGUUCCAAGGUCACACUGGCGAAGUGUUGGAUCUCAGCUGGAGCAAGAACAAUUUCCUCCUCUCCUCAUCCAUGGAUAAGACUGUAAGGCUGUGGCAUAUGAGUCGACCAGAGUGUCUGUGUACGUUCAAGCACAAUGACCUGGUGACAUCGAUUGCCUUCCACCCCACCGACGACAGAUUCUUUUUGGCGGGCUCCUUGGAUGCCCAGCUACGCCUGUGGAGCAUCCCCGACAAGGCAGUUGCGUUUUCGGCAACUGCAAACGACUUCAUCACAGCAGUGGCAUUUACGCCAGACGGAAAAAUGGCAAUCUGUGGCCUCUUGAGCGGGCUCUGUUUGUUCUAUGAAACGGAGGGCCUCAAACUCGACUCCCAAAUCCACGUUCGCUCAUCACGAGGAAAGAAUGCAAAGGGGAGUAAAAUCACUGGCAUCAGGACAGCCUUUGUGCCACCCGAGGACGGAGAGGAGAUCAAGGUUCUUAUCAGCUCAAAUGAUUCUCGCGUCAGGAUAUACAACCUGCGGACCAAGAUGUUGGAGGUCAAGUUCCGUGGCCUGGAGAACCAGUCGAGUCAGAUUCACGCCUCUUUCAGUGACGACGGGGCAUACAUUAUUUCCGGCAGCGAAGACCGUCGAGCCUACAUCUGGAGUGCGAGCAGCGCCGACAACGACUUGAAAGAUAAGCAGCCGUACGAGUGCUUUGAUGCACACCCCGAGGUUGUCACGACUGCCUUGAUGGCACCAACCAAAAUGAGGCAGCUUCUGAGUGCGUCCGGGGACCCCAUCUUUGACCUCUGCAACCCACCGCCUGUCAUGUUACUUAGCCUAGAAGAAAGAAAUGCCAGCCAGACCAAAUUUUCCGAGGGGGGCCAGACUGACGGCGCGGCGAGCGUCCGGAAGCCGGAGGAGAGCCCUGCCUAUCUUGAGCGGUCGAAACACUUGGACGGAAACAUCAUUAUAACGACAGACCGAACCGGCACCAUCAAGGUCUUUCGACAAGACUGUGCCUAUGCAAAACGGCAACAGAGCCAGUGGGAGACCGGGUCCAAAUUCUCCGGGCGACGUGCUGGCGGCGUCGGACGGUCGGGCAGUACUGCUACACGAACAAGUACCGGCAGCCGAGUCCAUUCCCGGGGCGGCUCGCUGAAUCUCGGGACGGCGAGCCAGCUCGCGCAGCCGGCAUCCGACAGGAUCAUGAGCUGGCGUCAGGGCGUCGAGGGAAGGCCCAGCAUGGGCCUCGCAACAAGUCGGAGUGACAGGUCGUUGUCCCCACUGAAGUCGAGCCGGACGCCCCUCAACAGUUCGGCUGCCAACCUCGCGUCGGAAGCGAGGAAGCUGCCAUACGCAUCUAGCUUGGCGAGCAGGACAAACAUUCCCGGCAGCCCAACAAGCAGUGGCCACACGGGACGGGAUUCAGCGCGGAUGCGCAAGGACAGAGCAGACAGCGGCGGCAUACCCCUCACGCCCAGCUUCAGCCUCAUCAGUGCGUCAGAAUCGGAGCAAAAUGAAAGCAAGGGCGAAGGGAGCUUCUGGAAUCUCGGCAAGUGGAAGCCUAGCAUCACCGGCCUCAGAUAUUCGCUGAACGCGAGUCCUCUUGGAAGUGGGAGCGGCAACACAGCCGUGAAUCAUUCCAAAGUCGGCGGCGGCGACAGCUUGAAAGUUGGGGACAGAGGACCCGGCCGCCGCAGCUUGGGCGUCCACGACACACGCAGGUCAAAGACGAAGGAGGAUGCCGACAGACGCCUCUCCUCCGGGCCGACGGCAGCGUCGAAGCCACGGUCUAGCGAGUCCGACUCUCUUGGGGGCAGCAUCGAGGAAGAAGUCGAGGUUUCCGACAAUGUCGCGCCCAAAAAGGAGCGGACGGACUCGGGUGUCGCCGAAGUAGGCGCGGACUCUACAGACGACAGCGAGACAGCGACAUGCCGGGAAUGCGGAGGCCGAAGCUUCAAGGUGAAGCGAAUCGCAAAAGGCAAAACAGUGCUGUCCUGCCAAAAGUGCGGAACAAUGACAGAAUCAUGA